AUGGCGGAGAAGCAGAUGAUGCCGUGAUGACUGCUAGCCUUUGGGAAAUAUUGUUGUCAUUUGAGUUUAAUCUCAGUAACAUUUAGCCAGAACACGAUGAGGCACCGUUGGCACAGAAUUAUUUUAGUUCAAUUACUUUAAAAUGGCUGAAAUCGACACUGGUGUGAUUUAUCACUGUGAAUCUCCAGCGGAAUUGGAAAUGGCAAAAGUUGCAGAUGGAAGGAAUGUGAAAGUGGUUUUCUCUGCUGGCUCCGAAGGCGAUAGUAAUGCACAUUCUUGUCAUAAUAAUAGCGGUCUGACACAUGUUACAGCUGAAUCCACACCUCUAACACCCUCCAUACAGAUCAGAAAAGACAAGGUCGUCCCAAAUGGUUGUUUGAAGCACAAACUUGGAGAGAACGGUUUAGUCAGCCAUGGGAUGACGAGUGUGGUGACAGAACCGAGUGUAAAGGAAAAGGAAAGCAGUCCACAUGUAGUGCUGCGAGAUAGAUGCACAAUAGUCACAUGUCCUUGUGUGACAUCAAUGCAUUUGGAGAAAUUAUCUCUUUCUGAGAAUUUAAAACCAGAGUCUGCAGAAGAAACCGAACAAGAAAUAGCCAGAGAUUCCUCUGUGGGUAGUGAUUUGUCUGUGUCCGAAACCCAGACUCAUAGUGACAUACAGGAAGGCAUCGAAUAUGUGGUCUAUGAAUCAGAACUUCAAAUGCCAGAUAUAAUGAGACUCAUUACCAAAGACUUAUCUGAGCCUUAUUCUAUUUAUACGUAUAGGUAUUUUAUUCACAAUUGGCCUAAAUUGUGCUUCUUGGCAAUGUCUUCUGGUCAGUGUGUUGGGGCUAUUGUGUGCAAAUUGGAUAUGCAUAAGAAAAUGGUGCGACGUGGAUAUAUAGCAAUGCUGGCAAUUGAUUCAGAAUACAGGAGGAAAAAAAUAGGUUCACACCUGGUGUUGAAAGCUAUAAAAGCUAUGAUUGCUGAUGACUGUGAUGAGGUGGUUCUGGAGACUGAGAUAACAAAUAAAGCAGCUUUGCGCCUCUAUGAGAAUCUAGGCUUCGUCCGUGAUAAGCGACUUUUUCGAUACUACCUGAAUGGUGUUGAUGCCCUGAGGUUAAAACUGUGGCUGCGGUGAAAGAAAGCAGCAUCAGAUGGUUUAACUGCUUCCACAUGUUUAAUUUUCUUUGGAAUUAGCAAUAGUGUUUCGAUGCAGAAGUGCAAAUGUUGCUGUCCUUUAAAGUGAUCAAAUGUAGUUCUAGCUCUGUUUCCUUUCUGGAUAGUUUUGAAAUAGAUGCAACAUCUGUAAAGAUAUUGGAGCCUUGUGUCUUGUACCUUGGCUGUGACAUUCAUUCAUGUUCCUUUGUGACUGCAUGAUGUUGAGCCAAGCAGUAAGGGGAGUUAACUGUGAAGUCCUUACUGUAAGGCCUACAUUCUGCCAGCUUGGGUUUUGAAAAAUACAUAUAGUUUAGAAGUCUUUUAUUGGUGAAAACCUCAACAACUACAGUUUCUGCUAGAAGAUUAUCAUAAUUUUAGAAGACUUGAUAUAUAUGUCUUAACUGGGCAUAAGCCAUAAAAAGUGAUGAGGAAUUCCACUUUUCUAGAUUUUGGUUUGUCACAUGUUGACUUAUUGAUUAUAGUGUGGCAGUUAAAGAUUGAGGACAGAUAGGAUAUAAAUCUUCAGUUAUUUUAUGGAAGCAAUAUUAUGGUGCAGAUACGAACUCCAAAGCAUUGACGAUGGUGUCCACAUCUAUACCGCAAUGUUGCUUUAUGUGGAACAAUUGAGGGUCUUAUCCAUGGAACACACAGAAACCAAUUUUGGUUUCAAAUUGUACACCUGUUUUGUAUUGUGCAUAUUUUUUCAAACUCUUAGCACAUACAUUUUAUUAUGAUUCUUUGUCAGUUACCACCAGCUGUACAGAUACAUGAAGGAUUAUUUGCCACUUAACACUCUGCCAAACCUAGAAAUGUAGAAUUAUUUCCAACGUUUGUGUAAAGUUUGAUCAAAAGCAUAUAUUCAUACUUGCAGCACUCAGUUGCAACACUCACCAUCAACGUAGGAUUAUUUUGCUCUAUCAGUAGUCAACUUCAGCUAUAAAUAUAGGAUUAUUUGCCAGAAUGCAAUUUGGCCUAGAAAUACAAGUCAGAAGUGUAGCCAACCGUGCGGCCUUAAAACCUCAAAUAAACUAUAAACAUAGUAUUAACUUGCUGUCUGACCACCUUCAGACCCAAAUUCAUGCGUGGAAAUGAUUGAUGAAAUAUCAAAACAAACCAUCAUGAAAGUUUAUUUUAAACCAAUACAAGUAGGAGAAGUACUGGAUUGUUAACUACAGUUGUAAUUAAAUAUUUUAGCCAAAAAGAAGGGGAAAGAAAAAAUCAUGACCAGGAUUCUACAUUGAAUAGAAUGUUCUAUUGAAUUCCUAGCUCAUACCGCCUGCACUCAUAUCAGUUAUGAUAAUUAAAAAUACCAUGUCCUUAUUCUCAGCUGAUUUUGAAUGUAUCAGUACAUCACACUUACGUUAAACUUCACACAGAUCUGAUCACACAGUUUGCUAAGAUGCAGGAAAUGCUGUAUGUUUUGAUAGUUCAUUGACAUAACAACUUUCAUAACACCACUUCGUACUUUGCUAUAGACACAUUAGAUAGGCUUCUAAAGGACAGAGUAGACAGUAAAAGAGUAUUGUGAUUUUGUUCAUUUGUCUAGUUCAGCUUAUCAUGAUUAUUCAGGUUUUCUUCUGAGAGUCUUCAAAUGCAUCCACUUUACUGCUGAUUUCCUGGGUAUUUACUGCAUGUGAAGUGACUGGGGUAUGAAUUUUGUACACAUUGGAAGUCUUGUACAAGCACUGGGUAAUAGAGGUAUAUGUACAAAUACCUCAAGAUUGUGUCAUGAGAUUGUAUAGAAGAGAUUUUUUUUUACAAAAUGUUGACAUUGUUGCCCCCAGUCAAAAGUUACAAAGCUGUUAGAUUAUGGUGUGUAUCCAUAUUUAAAUGCCAAGAAAUUGUGGAUGGCAAAUUUAGUAGAGGAAUCCUGGACAAGUUAGCCAUCUGCCAGUGGGCUGAUUGUGCUGGCUUUCUUUGUACUUCAAUCUGGUUGCCGUUUUGAAGGUAAAGAAGUAACAACAAAAAGGGCCCAAAUGUGCACAUUAAAAAAAAAAAAUAUA